CGCGGCGGUGCGGCAGCUCGGGGCUCAGUCGGAGAGGAGCUGCGGGACCUGAUGGAGGAGCGGCCGGGGGGCGCCUGGCGGCAGUACAACGGCGGCACAAUGGGCUUGUUCGCUUCAGCUGUGCGGGGGGCCAUGGCUUAAGGGGCGAGGAGGAGGCAGGAGAGGCGCGUGGGUGGCACCAUGAGCUCAGCCGAAAUAAAGAAGCCACCAGUGGCCCCAAAACCAAAAUUUGUGGUAGGACACAAGGCAUCACCUCCCCCUGUUGCACCUAAGCCAGAUGUUGUGUUUGCUGGUGUUAUACAAACAACAAAGAAAACUAAACCAGCAAUAGCACCAAAACCAAAGGUUCUCAAGAGUUCAUCUGUUCCUGAAGUUAGACCUCCAUCAUCUUUAAGAAAAAACACCAAAAGCCUAGAAGAACACAAAGGAAAUUCUUCUGAAACUCUAGACCACCUGAAUUAUAAAAAUGGAGACUCUGCAGAAAGCACUGAGGAUACUGCUUACAUUAUACCAAUGUGUUCUUGCAAUUUUGAAUGCAUCCAUAAGCUUGGAAAUGGGGAGAGCACAUGUAAAACUCAAAUAAUUUUUGAACACUUUGAGAACUUAGAGAAUAUCAAGAUAGGUGAACAAAUUGCACCAUCUACAAAAGGUAGGACAACACAGGACAGUCAUAGUGAAAAAGUGGCAAAUAGAAAUCGGGUAGUAUUAAAGGCCAGCCUUCUGGAAGGGACCCUCAAAGAUGUUCUGACACAAAGUAUAUUCCCUAGUAGCAGCCCUUUGAGGGACAAGUGUCCAGAUGAACUUGAAAGGGAUGAUAGUAGUAGUUCUAACAGUGAAGUUAAAAUAGAGUUUACAGAUCUUGUGCAGUUUUCUGGGUCUGAGGAAGCUACAGGCAAGCCACAAAAUAACCACAAUAAGAGAGAUGCUGAUGAAAUUCACAUGUCUGAAACCUGUUCCAGUCUAACUGAAAGCAACCACAAUUGCUAUUGCUCAUUGAACCAAGAAACCCUAGAAAAUGGCAAUGUAAAUAGUGAUAUUACAUUUCCAGGUGGAAUCUGUAUGAAAGGAGACGAUAAAACUCCACCUUCUUCUGGAGUGUGUUCAACAUCCAGCUCAAAAAUGCUUCCAGUUCCAAAACCGAGAAAGCCACGUGCUGCAUGUCUAGUCCGUCAAGAUGGUAUAGAUAUUUCUGGUGAAGGAACAAGAGAACCGAUUAAUUCAAAGAGUGAUUCUGCUGGAUUUUCUGAGCACAUCUUUAAAAAAACGGCAAAAAUUAAUGUUCUUGGUCAGAGUGUUUCAUAUAAUGAUCAUCCAGAAAAAGUGCAUCAGACUAAUACAUUUGAGAUUCCUCAAAAUCUUGCUGAGAAAAUACACUGGGUGAAGGGAUCUGAUACCGAAGAAUUAGCUUCACACAAUAUCUUGCCUCAGCUUCUGCAAGAAGCUUCUCUCAUGACAGAAAAUGUUAAACGUUCCUUGGAUGAAGACCUUAAUUUAACAAGUCCUGCAGAUGAAAUGACAGAUGACGCAAGUAUAUUAGCUGCUGUGGACAAAAGGACUAAUUUUAUACGAAGCAGUGCUCUGUCCAUGAGUUUGCCUAAACAGCUCAAAUUGACUUGCAAUCAGCACUUGCCUGCCUCCAGUAGCCUUGAUGUUUCUGUGCACAAACCAGAAGAUAAAGAAAUUCAUGUAAAAGAUGAAAAUUCACCAAGGACUGUUCCUAAAAAACCUCAAAGACACAGCUUGCCUGCUGCUGGACUGCUGAAAAAAGCUGCAUCAGAGGAGCUUGUUGAAAAAAGUUCUUAUGUUUCCAGUGAAGAUAAAAAAUCAGAAAAUGUUCUGGAAAGAACUUAUUUAAGGCAUAUGUUGGCCAAAGAACAAGGUAUGUCACCUUACUUUGACAUGCCAAAACGUUCUUCAGAGAAACCUGUCUGGAAAUUACCUCAUCCUAUCCUGCCAUUUUCAGGCAAUCCAGAAUCAUUAAAAACUGCCACCAUUGCCACAAACUCUGACCUUUCAACUGCUGUGAUCAAGCCUAGAGCUAAAUCUCUGUCUUCCGUGGAUAUGGACAGAACGGACAAACCUCCCAAAGACAGUCAGAAGAAAAAAAAUUUAAAGAAAUUUCUCAACAUUAAAUUAUCUGUUUGCAUAAUGAAAAGUGACUUCCAGAAAUUUUUUUCCAAGGGCAGCCAGUCCAUGGAUAGUGCCAUAGCUAGUCUUCCCACUGGGCAAGGGAAUGGUAUUGGUAACAACUGGAAUGUAACAUCCCUAGCAAGCGAAAGGAAAACUAAAUCUGCCAAGGCACGUUCUGCAGAAAUAGGUAGCCCAGCAUCAGAAAAGAAAAGACAGAGACAUAGGAGUCAGCAUGAUAUACCAAACAGUCAAAGAUUAGAGUCUUUAGAUGAACAAAUAUUCUCAGGGAAGCAGUUGUCACAAACACACUUGAAUUCUCUUACAAGCGAUUAUCCACCAGAAUAUGAGAAUGUGCGCCACUAUGAAGAAAUUCCAGAGUAUGAAAACUUGCCUUUUAUUCAGUCUUCUGAUAAAAAUCCAUGUUUUGAAUGGCAGAAUUCCAGCAGUGUGAUGGAAGACCAUGAUACAAAUGUAUAUGAGGUGGAAGACCCAUAUGACGCUACAAGCAGCCAUUCAAGACAUGGCAGGGCAUCAGAAGAUCACAGUGAUUCCAAUGUGUUGAUGGGAGAGGUUCAAUCAGAUGAAGAGAUUAUCAACAGCUCUGAUGAGGACGAUGACACAAAUUCUGAUUCUAGCAAAGGGGAGCUUGAUCUUCAAGAAUAUAAGCAGAGCAAAGCAGCUGGAAAGAAAACGAAAGUUUACCAUAUUGCCAAGGAGAUCAUGAGCUCGGAGAAAGUAUUUGUGGAUGUGCUAAAGCUCUUACACAUUGAUUUCCGGGAUGCAGUGGCACAUGCUUCCAGGCAGCUAGGAAAGCCAGUAAUUGAGGAUAGGAUCCUGAAUCAGAUCCUGUACUACCUACCUCAGCUGUACGAACUUAAUCGGGACCUCCUCAGAGAAUUAGAAGAGCGACUGUCUCACUGGAUUGAUUAUCAAAGAAUCGCUGAUAUAUUUGUGAAAAAAGGACCCUACUUAAAGAUGUAUUCAACUUACAUCAAAGAAUUUGAUAAGAAUGUUGCGCUGCUAGAUGAACAAUGCAAGAAGAACCCUAGUUUUGCUGCUGUGGUUAAAGAUUUUGAGAUGAGUCCUCGCUGUGCUAGUCUGGCACUCAAGCACUAUCUCCUCAAGCCAGUUCAGAGGAUUCCCCAGUACAGGCUGCUUUUGACAGAUUAUUUAAAGAAUCUUUUAGAAGACUCAGCAGACUAUAGGAAUACUCAAGGUGCUCUGGCUGUUGUCAUAGAAGUAGCCAACCAUGCCAAUGAUAUCAUGAAACAAGGAGAUAACUUUCAGAAGCUUAUGCAGAUUCAAUACAGUUUAAAUGGGCAUCAUGAAAUUGUUCAACCAGGAAGGGUCUUUCUCAAAGAAGGAACGUUGAUGAAGCUUUCCAGGAAGGUCAUGCAGCCGCGAAUGUUUUUUCUGUUUAAUGAUGCUCUAUUAUAUACAACUCCAGUACAGUCUGGCAUGUAUAAACUCAACAACAUGCUUUCAUUGGCUGGAAUGAAGGUUAGAAAACCAACCCAGGAAGCAUAUCAAAAUGAGUUGAACAUAGAAAGCGUAGAGCGAUCCUUCAUACUCUCAGCAAGUUCUGCUACAGAAAGAGAUGAAUGGUUAGAAGCCAUCUCCAGAUCAAUUGAAGACUAUACAAAGAAGAGAAUCACAUUUAACCCAAGUAAAAGUCUUGAAGAGGCAGAUCCAGAGAAAGAGGAUGAAGAUAGUCCUCUUGGAUCAAAGGCUCCCAUCUGGGUUCCUGAUACUAGAGCCACAAUGUGUAUGAUCUGCACUAGUGAAUUCACAUUGACCUGGAGAAGACAUCACUGCAGGGCAUGUGGAAAGAUUGUCUGCCAGGCAUGUUCCACAAAUAAACAUGGCUUAGACUAUAUGAAAAACCAACCAGCAAGAGUGUGUGAUCAUUGCUUCAAAGAACUACAGAAACAAGAUAACCACUUCACUCCUAAGAGUGGAUCCCCAGUGAACCAUAAAUCUCCAUCCAGUGCCUUGUCUACAGUGUUACAUAGUAUUCCAUCUGGGAGAAAACAGAAAAAAAUUCCUGCUGCUCUCAAAGAAGUUUCAGCAAAUACAGAAGACUCCUCAAUGAGUGGCUAUUUAUAUAGAUCAAAGGGCAGCAAAAAACCAUGGAAACACCUGUGGUUUGUCAUAAAAAAUAAGGUGCUAUACACAUAUGCUGCUAGUGAGGAUGUUGCAGCACUGGAGAGUCAGCCUUUACUGGGUUUCACAGUCUCUGAAGUAAAGGAUGAAAACUCGGAGUCCAAAGUAUUCCAUUUACUGCACAAAAACACUUUAUUUUACAUAUUCAAAGCCGAUGAUCCUCAUUCAGCUCAAAAGUGGAUAGAAGCUUUUCAAGAAGGCACCAUAUUAUAGUGCCUCACCACCAUCUCUGAGACUAAAGGAGAAAAAUGUUAUCAAAGGAUGACAAGAAAUGGAGUAUAGCAAUUUUGUUUAAAAAUAGACUCUACCAGCAUCAAC